AAGCCAAUAGGGAUGUGAAGUUUCAAAAAAAGAAGGGUCCGCCUUUCAGACAAUAGUCCACUAAAAGUGGAAAUGAAGCGUUUGUUUAUUCUGUCUUAAAUGACUUCUCUUCAAAUUAUAUAAAUAAAGAGACAGGUGGAGCACCGGCACCAUGUCAGAAGAGAGGCACAUCUAUCAAAUUAUUAAUAAUAAUGGCUUAAACCCUCAUUCUCUUCUAUUAACAAUAUCCCAAAACCCCAUUUGCUUUCUUCUGCAAUCACAUUUUUAACCGUUUGAAAGCUGGAAGUUGGAGGGAGUAUAUAUACACAGUGAUAUAUACAUACUGUACACAUCAGCAGCCAUGUUCAGCGGCCACAAACGCGCGAGAUUCAACAGCUCUUGCAGCAGCCGCAGAAGUAGUAGAAAUUCAAGGGAGUCCAGGCUUGCUUGGGCUGCUCAACAGCAGGGAACCUCUUGUAGUAGUAGUAGCGAAAAUGAUGCUUUGUAUUUCGGUUCAUAUGCCCAUGUCGGAAUUCAUGAAGAAAUGAUCAAGGAUCGUGUACGAACGGAAACUUAUAGAGCUGCCAUUUUGCAUUAUCGAAGCACCAUUCAGGGAAAGGUGGUUGUUGAUGUAGGAUGUGGCACAGGAAUACUGUCAAUAUUUUGUGCAUUAGCUGGUGCUAAAAAGGUUUAUGCAGUUGAUGCAAGUGACAUUGCAGUGCAGGCAGCAGAAGUUGUGAAGGCGAACAACUUAAGCGAUAGGGUAAUUGUCCUUCAUGGGAGAGUGGAGGAAGUCAAUAUUGAGGAGGAAGUCGAUGUAAUCAUUUCUGAGUGGAUGGGGUACAUGCUCCUUUAUGAGAGCAUGCUCUCUAGUGUAAUUAUUGCAAGAGACCGCUGGCUUAAAUCUGGAGGGCUAAUUCUUCCUUCUCAUGCAACGUUGUACAUGGCACCGGUCACAAAUGCUGAGAGAUAUGAUGAAAGUAUCAACUUCUGGCGCAAUGUUUAUGGAAUUGACAUGUCUCCAAUGUUACCAUUAGCGAAGCAAUGUGCAUUUGAAGAACCUUGCAUUGAAAUAAUUACAGGAGACAAUAUCUUAGCAGGGCCAUUUAUUGUAAAACGCAUUGAUUGUGGGACAAUCACCAGCGAGGAGUUGGAAACAGUUACUGCAAAUUUCAAUUUGAGUUCCUUGAAGACAGCACCCCUUCAUGGUUUCGCAUUAUGGUUUGAUGUUGCUUUUGGAGAAUAUACAACAUCGAGCGACAGUCACUUAGAAUCAUCAAUUGAUAGCUCUUUAUCUGUGGAUUUAAGUCGAAAUGAUGCACAUCAAAGAAAAAAGUGUCCAAAAUAUUCCAACUCACUUGUGCUCUCAACUGCUCCAGAGGAUGCUCCAACGCAUUGGGCCCAGACUUUGAUCUAUCUCUUUGAUCCGUUAGAAGUUAAGCAAGAUCAAGCAAUCAAUGGUUCUAUUAAAUUGACUCAAAGCAAGGAGAAUUCACGGUUUUUCAACAUACACUUGGAGUAUAAUUCAGGAGGUCGGUGCUUCGUGAAGGAAUCUUUCAUGCGGUGAUUUUUUCAGCGUUUAUUUGUUUGGACACAGAGAGAGCACUCUUACGAAUUUGUUUAAUUUAGUUUUAUCUGGUGUAUUGUUAGGUUCUAUUCGUACCACAAUUUUGUCCUCUAGUAUUUUUGAUGUUGGGUGCCCAUCCGAUCUUUGUGUUAACACCCUGGUUUUUAAGAAAAGGGUAUUAAUGCAUGUCCUUAAUUUGUGGAAUCAUGCACGGCAUAUGAUCCACUUAAAAUUUUGGUACAUUGCCGAGGUUUCAACUUUUACCAAUAUGAAAAUGACGAAUUUUAUCUUGAAUUUGGCGUGUGCAUUCAAAUUUAAUGCCUACUCAUUGAAGCAUUAUUUGGUAGUACCAUGUGUAAUGAUGAAAUGGUGUCGGGCCUCAACUUCGAAGCAUUUGAGUUGAAUCCUACGUUGGUACGGGAUGAAUUUGCCAUGAAACCAGAGUCGGGGACAGAAUUUUUUGGUGCCUCGUCUCUUUUUACACUGUAACUGAGAACAUGACAUAAAGAUAUGUCACCUUGACUUUUGCAAAAUUAAAAACUUUUACGAUGUACAGAAAAACUAGAAAUCUGAAAGAAUUUAAUAUAAUUCUUUUUCGUUAAA